UGCAUUGGACGUUUUAAAAAUUAUGAAGCGGCUUCUGUAGUUACCCAGUAAAGUGUUACAUUUUCGAACGAGAAUUCAGUUUCUUUAAUCGUGUUUAGCGGCAAUCUUUUGUAAAUAAUGACUGAGACGCAGCAAAAGACGAAAUGUAUUACGUUGAAAGGUUCGGCACAAUUAGUGAAGGAAUAUCUUCUUUACGGAGUGAACAGUAUUUUAUAUCAGAGAGGCAUUUAUCCACCAGAAACGUUCGAACCUGCUGAAAAUUUUGGCUUGUUCGUUUUAAUGUCGACGGAUCCAAAGAUCAAGGGAUUCUUGGAUACUGUGCUUAGUCAGAUUCAAGAGUGGCUCGUUCAACGAAAAGUACAAAAAAUAACCCUCGUUAUAACGAAUGUAAAUACUAAAGAAGUUCUGGAAAAGUGGGACUUCAAGGUCGACUAUGAGGGUCAAACUACAAAUGGAGUAAACGAUAGUAUAAAUAAGAAUCUUCCUGAUGUAGGGAACAAAGAUGUAAAAACUAUACAGAAGGAGAUCCGUGAAGUAAUACGCCAGAUCACGGGUACAGUUAGUUUUCUUCCAUUAUUGGACUGUUUAUGUUCUUUCGACAUCUUGACUUAUACAGUCCCUGACUGUAAUAUUCCAAAGGAAUGGGAUGAAACACAGCCUGUUUUCAUUGCCAAUAGCCAAGAAGUUCAAUUGAGGUCGUUUUCAACUUCUCUUCAUAAGAUGGAGACUAUAGUUAGUUAUAAGAAUCUUUAGAAUUAUUUAUCCGUGGUUGUUGAUUGUAUAUACAAAACAUACGAUAAUUUUAAUGUUCUUAGCAAUAAUUAUUAAUUAAGGCUGUUACGCAAAACUUAUUAUAUACCAAGAUCAUCAAACUGCAUCGAUGGUUGCAUUAUUUUUAAGAGUUUGCAUGUAUCGACACUAUUAUUGUCUGUAAAGAGUUUUAUAAGAAUAUAUUUUUUGAUAUUA